CGUCGUCGUUUCAGUUUCAGUUUCAGUUGGACUGGCGUCGAGUUUGAAAGCUCUUUUUCUCUUGUUUGGAAAAGCCGGCACUUUUUCCUUGCGUUUGAGAUUUUCCCUUCAGUUUUUCCCGCCACUUUGCUUCGGGCUGUUGGUGCUGCUGUGAAAAAUCGUUCAGAAUUUGCGCGUUUUGAGAACGUCGGCGUGACGCAGAUUUGGCGAAUUUCAAGUGUGAGAAGGUUGCAGCAUUCGACAGAGUAUUCGAAGUUUGUGUCUGGCCUCUGGUGACAGUAAUUGAUUGGGGAUUUUUUGUGACGACGAGAGAAAAACCGCCAAAUUGGUUGCGGUUGACCACCCCCCGAAGGCAAGUCAAAGUGGUUUAGCCGAAUUUUCGCAAAUUGGUCAUUGAAGUGAAAUUCAAAGAACUCGAAACGUAAAACCGAAGAAAAAAAAACGAAACAAAGUUCAAUUGAAAUUGAAGCUCGUUCAAGUGGCAAAAUGUAACUUUUCAGCGUCGAACAAAGCAAGAAGAGAGCAAAAUAAAUCGAAACAUCAAAAGUGUUUUUUUGCCGUAAGGUGAAAUUUUCUUUUCCGCUGGAAAUAGCUGAACGAGAAGAAUUCUCACGGCAUCGAAACAACAAAAACCGAAUAAAAAGUUACCAGGAAAGAGAAAAACAGGAAGCAAAAAUGUCGCCAAAGUUUGCUCGUGGUCCGACGGCGGCGUCAACGACAGCGGAGGUGAAAAUUCGAGCGUAAUUCCGCGGAAAGUCGCAACGGUUUUUCCAAGUGCGAAAAUAUCCCCCGUGGGCGCGUGCACAGCAAACACCACCAGGAAUUCACCGAGCCACGUGUUGGAUUGUUUUGGAUUACGGGGAUUUUGGAGAAAGUUUGUGUUUCGAGGAAAGCUGAUUGUAAAAUUUAGUGUUAAACUUAUGUGAAUGAAAAUAAACCUCGUUUGCUCACGAAAAUCAAGUGUCAAAUUAGAGAAAUAUUAGUGAAGUUAAAAAAAGUAGCGUAAUUGUGUAACCAGUGUCAUCCUCAAGUGUCAACUAACGACGUACCCGAAACAUAUUCAUCUUUUGAUACAAUAAACACCUUUAUAGUACCGGCAAUAACCACGUGUAGAACAACAGGAGGGCUUCCAGUGAACGAGAAAGAAAAGAAAGAGCGGGCAGAUCACGACAAAAAAGCAAUACUUGUGGGAUAUAUUCAAACUUUAGAUGAGAAAUAUACCGAAAAGCAUCGCGAUGAAGCUAUCCGAGAGCAAGUCCGACACGUCGAUCAUUGCCAACCUGUACAAAUCGAUCAACAACAACUACCGGCGGCUGUCGAACACGAGCAGUCUGCUGCACCGGAUCCCGGACAUGGAGAUCCCGGCGAUGAACAUCGCGGACGAGUACGACAUCGAGAAGACGAUCGCGGAGGGUUGCUUCGCGAAGAUCUUCCUGGCGCACCACCGGCCGACGGGGACGACGGUCGUGCUAAAGGCAAUACACACCGAGUUGACCACGUUGAAGGAGUUUAUCAAGGAGUUUCACUACAACUACCAGCUCAGCCACCAUCCGAACAUUCUCAGCUGCUACCAGGUCAAGUUCCAGACGAGCGAGUAUUACGUGUACGCGCAGGAGCACGCACCGUUUGGCGAUUUGGCGGCGAACGUGGGCGCGAACGGACUGCAGGAGUCGAGCUGUAAGAAGAUCGCGGAGCAGUUGAGUUCGGCGUUAGGGUUCAUGCACCUGAAGGGACUGGUUCACAGGGAUCUGAAGCUGGAGAACAUUCUGGUGUUUACGCCGGACUUUUCGCGGAUAAAGCUGUGCGACUUUGGGACGACCACCCGGGAGGGCAUUUUAGUGAGUAAGAACAACAAAACGUGGAUAUCAUUCCUACCGCCAGAAGUAUUAGAGGUUGUGAAGAACGAACGGUUCAUCUGCAAGGCGUCGUCCGACUCGUGGCAGUUCGGGAUGGUGCUGUACGUGUGCUUGAUCGGAUCUACGCCGUGGAAGUCGGCGGACUGGGUGCGGGACGCCAAGUACGCUGCCUUCAUGAAGUACCAGAAGCGGGAAACGACCAAAAUUCCGGACAACUUCCGACGGUUCUCGCCGCGCCUGUUGCGAGCAUUCCGGCGAUUCUUCGACCACAUCGAGGAAGAUCGGGCCAAAGUGAGUGAUAUCAACAAGUACAUGAAGAAUCGGUGGGUCGACACGAAGAUAACCACGUCCAAGUCCACGUCAAACAUCGCGACCAACCUCCAACCCCAGGCGUACUCCGACCAGGACUCGGUCAAGUACAUCAACCACCGCGAGAGUCGGAACUCGUUCGACGGCCGACUCCGUGCCCGGCGGAUGACCAGCGUCGGCGGCCUCACCCCCGAACCAACGCCCGUGUUCACCGGUGUCGACCCGGAAACGGCACGGAACAAGGUGUGGGAUUGGCUCGAGUCCAACGAUCUGAACCGCCACGACAGCCAGGACGACGUGGUCGAUUUCUCGUUCUGGAGCAAAAGUGAGUCCAAGACGUACCAGUACGCCAAGCGGGAAUCGAUAAUCGGAGCGACCUCGACGACGACGGCCAGUUUGGCGGUCACGAGGGAAGCCAGCAACGCCAGCAGUGUCCAGCGGUAUAAAUAAAUCCCGAAGAAGCUCCAAUUACAGUCCCAACCGCGUUUCCCCAAAGAACCACGCUGAUCCAGUAACCUCGAAACGUACCUCGUGUCGUGUCGUGUAGACCAACUAGCAUCACCUCCAUCAUCAUAAUCACCACCACCAAGAGAGGCAGAGAUGUCGAUACCUCUGUAUCUGUUCCUCAACUAUACACACCCACAGAACAAGAAAGAAAAAAACAGGUCCCACUUCAGUCGUCUUCGUCGUCGUCGUCCGGUAGAACAUAGGUAGUACAUGUGAUUAUAUUAAUUAUAUGUGUGAUAAAAGUGAGAUGAACAAAAAAUAAAAGUUAUGUCUGCGCGA